AUGGCAUAUAUCCUGGAGCGGGUGCUCCUUCCCGAACAGCCAGACGAGGUGGCGGAGACUGGCUACAACCUCCUACUAGCGUGCGCGGCCCUUCCCAACCUGGCCUCGGUAGAACGCAAUAUCUACUUCAAUGCGGCAACCUUGCGCAAAACCGAUCGUUAUUUUGACAGGCGGCUGGACAUCGUUGCCACUCUCACCAAAGGGGGCCGGGACAUCGAGGCUUGCGAACCGUUCAUCGUUCCCUUUGUCUUGACAUCCUUGGAUGCCUGCUUCGAGGCCAAUGACCGGGCAUCCAAGGCCCACCGCAAGACGAAUGGAAAGCGGAGCGUCGCAAACCCUACCCGGGAGUCGGUGAACCUGGCUCGCCUCUUCCUCUACACGAUCGAUGUCUGCAAAUUCAAUGCCAAGAUAUUCACCGACGAUGAUCUCGAUCUGCUCCUGAGUCGAGCGGUGCAUGUUAGUAAAAAGACGAGGCUUCACGCGGACAUUGAGAACUGCAUCAGGCUAUUUGAUACCGUCAUAACAUACAUACAUGUUCCGAUUACCUCUCUCCGAUCCUGCCUAGAAGUUCUGUGUGAGAUACACAAGCAAAUCAUACCUCUUCAGGACCAAGCAUGGGGCACUCUCACCAACCUGUUCAAAUCACAUGUUGGCCAAGCUGCAAUCUCGAUGCUUCUGCACAUUCUUCUCGAUGGGCCAUCACAGGAGAUGCUCAACCUUCCCGCUGAAGACAAAAGGAAGCGAUUGACGAGCGUGUACAAAGGCACCACUCAGGUCUUGCAGAAACUCUUAGUAGAAGAUGGACACAACGAACUACCAAAAGUUCCCAUGUCUCUGCUAUUCCCAGCUUUAAAAGUAUCAAUCCGAGAGCUGCAAGAUGAAGAGCACGACAAUCAGGAGGUCAUCGUCAUGAGCUUGAUAGACACCGUCUUGGCUCAGGAUAGCAUGCGAGAUUUGCUUCUAGCCGAAACUGACUUUAGUGACAUGUUGGAGAUCAUCCGUACUUGUGCGGAGCGGGACGAUAGUCGUCGUAAGUCCAAGUUGCUUGGUGGUUUGCGUAUGGCCAAUAACAUGAAUAUUGAGAGACGGAGGUCGCCCACUGACAAUGGUUCAUCGAGUAAUGGUAGGCUCAUAUUUCGUACCCGACUAUUUCGAUACUCACAUUUGCUAGGAGAAACAGGGUUUGCUGCGGACGCUGAUAGCACACCGCAGUCAUCAUCCGAGGACUCGAUCACUACGUCUCGUGAAAUGUAUCAUCGCAACCCAGACGGGCUCAUAUACCAAGUCCUACAAAAGCUGUAUUCCAUUAGUGGCAUCAUGGAUUUCCUUCAGCGUGAGGCGGUAAUGGAGCUCUUCUUAAGUCUCUCUAAUCGUGUCAGCGAUUCCAUUGCCGAGAGAGUCAUCCAUUACUUUGCAGAGGAACGCUUCUUGGACCCCUCAAAUGAUGAUUGGCUGGCCUUUUGCCGAAGGCUCGUUGCAGGCGUUUUCAAAGACGCCACCAGACCUCGUGGUAUUCGCAUCUUGACAAUUAGAACGUUGCGACAAAUCUACGACACCCGAGAGCAGAUAUGCCCAGCGGACAAAGUUUCGCAAUGUGGCACACUUCUCCUUGACAAUAUCGAGGCCGAAGAAGAUGUUGAAGUCUUGCAUGAGCUCGUGGAUUUUGCAGUAGAUGUUGCCGAUCGAGCGCCCCUGCCGGCGUUUUUAGACAUCGUGCGUACAUUGAGAAAACGCAUAGACCGGUCUCAAGACCACUCUACUGCGCGAUCGCCACCCUGGCAGUCACACUCACUCCUCCUCAAGGACGAUGAGCGUUUUGGAAGUCCUGGCAACGUUGUGUCCACUGCCUUUGUACGAUUGUUCACUCGAAGCGUAAUACAUUCUGCCCGAAAGACCUGCACACUUUACGAAACUCUGAGGGCAAUUGCUGGUAAUGAUAGAUAUGAACACGAUGCGCGGUUGACAGCUCUUAAGCUGUUGUUCCGACUACGCGCUGAUGCCCGCCAUGCUCUCAUUGUCAGCGCCUCAUCAGAGGGUGAGAGGAUCGCAGCGGAGCUUUGUCGCACAGAGGAGACAGCGGUGUCUUCUGAAAAGCUGCACGAACAUUCACUGGCUGAUCAACACAGACUGGACGACAUGGCCCCGGGGCGUGAUUCCCGCAAAUUAUCUAGUUCCAGUCCGCAUUCUUCACUCAACCGUCAUACAAGCCGCGCGACCGCUGCUUCUGGCCGCGUCUCCAAGCCGAUUCCCCCACUCUGGAUGUACCCUGGACCCAAAGGCCUCCCCGAGGAGCCGUCGUCCGAAUGUAGUCGCGUCUGCUUCUCUCAUAUCGACCCCAAGAAUUACCCCCUUCCCGAUGAAAUUCUCGACAUGGAGAUCACCUUGUGGCUCGAGUUGAUUAUUUCUCUGCUGCAAAGACCCCCUGACUGGGAAAUCUACAGCUAUGUGCUUGUCCACCUUGGACCACAAUUAUCCAACCAGGCUUUGGUCCGUAGUUGUUACGCACAGUUGCAAAUGCUGAGGAAUGUCCUGUGUGAACAAGUUCGCAACUCGAGCUUCCACGAACCACCACCUCACACCCUUCUCAAGAAAGCAGACGUUGCUGUCUGUCUAUUCCACGUGUUGACAGUCAUCAUCAGUUACCACGAGUAUUUUGAGAAGAGUGAAGAAGAUGACCUUGUCAAAGCAUUUCUGCAAGGCAUCGUCCAGUGGGAUAGGACAUCGAAGUGGUGCAUCCAUGCGCUGUCUGUAUGCUGCUUUGAGAUACCCCUUUCAGUCAGCAAGUCUUUGGACAGCAUUAUACAGAAACUAUCCCAAAUCGUCACGAAGCCUGCAACGGCGAUACACAUUCUAGAGUUUUUGACUUCUCUUGCUCGUCUUCCGGAACUCUUCAAGAAUUUCCGGGAAGACGAGUUCAAGUUGGUAUUUGGUGUCUGCUUCCGAUACCUACAGCAUAUCAGAGAUCAACGCGACCGAUUGUCCAAUCCAACUGCUUUGCAGACCGGUCUUCGAGCCCUACGGCCAAGUGGAGCCUCAAGAGAGUUUUCUGGAUCCCCUGAUUCCAGUGUCAAAAGGCUAAGAACCGUGGAAGAAGAUUUGCCUGGAUAUCUAUAUUCUCUUGCCUAUCACGUCAUUACUUUUUGGUUUAUGGCAUUGAAAAUGGAGGACCGUCCCAAGCAGAUACCUUGGAUCACUAAAAACUUGCUUUGCACUGACCACCUCGGAAAACAGGGCUUAGAGGAGCAAGGAGAAGUUCUUGUCGAUAUCAUGAAUAUGGUAGCUUACACCGAUCGCGACGAAACCGUACGGGACGAUAAUUUUGCGCAGCCCGGCGAUGGUGAAAUAUGGAAGAAGACAUGGAUUGUUGGCAAUGCUCUUAUGACAAUAGAGACUGCAGCUCGAACGGGCGCCUCGGUGGUCACAAUCCGUCGACCCUGUGGUGUACGAUACUUGACUGUGCGACCAUCCUUGACUUCGCCUCCACGUCACCAGAUCCCCAUCACCGUCGGCCUUGCCUCUGAAGCGUUCUACUCGGAUUCGUACGUUGGAAUUCUACCCGAUGAUAUAUUCCAGUCUUUUUAUGCACCUCUUAAUACGAGCAACCCACCAAUACCCCUUCCGGACGACGACAUGACUCGAAGAGCUAUCGCAUCACUCGAUCGAAUUGCGACCAUCGACAGCUACAAAGUAGGUGUCAUAUAUAUUGCCGAAGGCCAAACAAAUGAAAGAGACAUUUUCAUGAACGACAUAGGCUCCCCGGCCUACACAUCCUUUGUCAAUGAUUUGGGCACCUUGUGUCGAUUGAAAGGCGCAAAAUUCAAUACCGGCGGUCUAGAUACCCGCGAAGAUGUAGAUGGUGAGUUCACGUACUGUUGGCGCGACCGCUGCAUGGAGCUGGUAUUCCAUAUUACGACCAUGAUGCCAACGAAUCGCGAUGACGACAUGACGUACCCUAACAAGAAGCGCCACAUUGGCAACGACUUUGUCAACAUCAUCUUCAACGAUUCUGGGCUUCCAUACAAUUUUGACACGUUUCCAUCAGCUUUCAACUAUGUACAUAUUGUCAUUUCACCGGAAUCAAGAGCGAGCUUUGUCGAUCGACGAAUGGAGAGUGACCCCAACGGAAGGGAGCGAUACUACAAAGUGCAGGCAAUAUCCAGACCGGGCUUCCCAGACAUCUCGCCAGCCGUAGAGACGAAGAUUCUUUGCGGUAAGUACCUUGCCGACUACUGCCGUCUCAUCGCCAUCAAUUCCUGCGUCUUUUCCAGCGUCUGGUCUCUCCGAGAGGGCGCCGAGUCAAUCUCGUCCUGGCGUAGUCGAUUCCGGGAGAUUAAACGCCUGCGAGAGCGGUACGGUACUACCGAUACACAGUCCAUCAGCUCGCCAUCCUCACCCGCACAAGUUCAGGGUAUAUCUAGCCCACCUUCCCGCGAUCACAAUGGCGUUUCACCAUUUCAGCGCAUGAGUAUCGCAACACAUAUCACUGAUGGGACUAGCCGCAGUUCUAUUAGCAGUUCUUCUCACGACGUUUCAUAA